AUGGAUUGGCAGAAAGUGAAGCCAUACGUGUGUGUAAUAAUCGUACAAUUCGCUAACGCAGGUUUUACCGUAGUCGCCAAAGCUGCUCUAAACCGAGGAAGCAGCCAUUUCACAUUUUCAGUUUACAGAAACGCUUUCGCAGCGGCCAUCUUCCUCCCUUUAGGCUUCUUUCUUGAAAGCCCGGUAAUCGGUCAGAACACCUUCUACGCCUGCCUCAAAUACUCAUCACCUACUUUCACCUCAGCCAUUUGUAAUCUUAGGCCUGCUAUGAUUUUUCUACUUGCUUGGAUUUUGGGGAUUGAGAAGGCGAAGUGGAAAGACAAUGGCAAUCGCGCGAAGAUUGUGGGAACGUUGAUCACUGUAGGCGGAGCGAUGAUGGUAACCUUCAUGAGAGGGCGAGCCAUAGAGUUGCCGUGGAUGCAUAAGUCCAACCAUGCCGCCACUGGAAAGGAGGGCGAAGAUCCGAUAAAAGGAGCUGUGUUGAUCACUGCCAGCUGUUUAUGCUUCGACGAUCCUAACAUAUGCUACUCCGCCUACUACAUUCUUCAGGCAAUCACAUUGAAGGUGUAUCCAACCGGAGUUUCCCUCACAGCGGCCACCUGCACGAUCGGAGCAGUGGUCGGAACUGCGCUCACUUUGGGUGUAGAGAAGGGCAAUACCGCCAUUUGGGCUUUGGGAUGGGACGCUAAGCUCUUGGCUUAUGUUUAUGGAGGAAUAUUCAAUUCUGGAAUGGGUUUUUAUCUUGCUGGAGUGGUGAUAAAUGCUAAAGGGCCAGUUUUCGUGACAGCAUUCAAUCCUUUGAACUUGAUCAUCGUCGCAAUUUUGAGUUCUUUCAUUUUUGCGGAGCAAAUGAGAGUUGGAAUGGCUAGGGGAGCUGUGGUGACUGUUGUUGGGUUGUACAUGGUGAUAUGGGGUAAAAAAAAGGAUCAUAAAGAGGCAGAAAAGAAUCAGCUGCCACAGUUACACAAUAAAUCAUCAUCAAGCAUCAAGGCCUCAUCAACUGCCAGAUCAGAUGAACCAACAUCAUCCCCUAAUGUUGUUUAG